GGAGAGUUCGUCUGGGCUCCAUCGGCUUCCGUAGGAAGGCGCCAGCCGCGGAGGCGCCACGUCCCUUGCGGCAGCUGGAGAGAAAUCACUCGGACUUCCGGGCGGCUCCGGACCGCCAUGGCCUUUACCUUGUAUUCACUGCUGCAGGCAGCCCUGCUGUGCGUUAACGCCAUCGCUGUGCUGCACGAAGAGCGAUUCCUCAAGAACAUUGGCUGGGGAACAGACCAGGGAAUUGGUGGAUUCGGAGAGGAGCCGGGAAUUAAAUCACAGCUAAUGAACCUUAUUCGAUCUGUAAGAACCGUGAUGAGAGUGCCAUUGAUAAUAGUAAACUCAAUUGCAAUUGUGUUACUUUUAUUAUUUGGUUGAAUGUCAGAGGAAGAAAUGGAGACUCAGAAGAAGACAUGCCAGUAGAAGUUAUUACUUCGGUCAUUAUUGGAAUAUUUAUAUCACUGGCUCACCUUGCACUUGUCAAAAAUGUAAAGCUGAAAAUAAAACCAGAGUUUCUAUUUAUCUGGUUUUUUUUUUUUUUUUCAACGUUGCAGUUAUGGUUUCAUUACCAAAAGAUCAGCUCAUGAGAGGCAGUAACUCUCCAGGACUGGAAUAUCUGAUUGCUCACUGUUAAUAGUAGUUCAUGCUGUGGUGAGAUUGUUAAAAGAGUGCAAGACCAUUGCUUCUUUUUUUUUUUUUUUAAGAUAUUUUUCUAUCUCUCACUUCUCAGGGAUGAAUUUUGUUUUCAAAGUUUUGAAGUUCCUUGCAACUUAGCUAGGAUGUGAGUGGUUAUUCCAAGAUAAAAUUUAAAAUAUUUUUUAAAAGUAAUUACUGCACAUAAAAUGAAAAAUAGGUAAUUUGAAUAAUUUUAUUUUAAACUCCUUGGUUAUUUUGUCUAUAUGUUGUCUCACCUAUAAAUUCAAAUUUAUAGAUACUAUUGAGUAUUAAUACUCUCUGAUUUCAGGGAGAAUUCUGUUAGUCACAUGAUGAUUAUGUUUUUGUUUAACAUUCUUUCCAUGCAUUUGUUAUUUUAUUAAUUGGCCUGAAUGAUGAGACCAGACCACUAUCUACAGAUUUUCAUUGUCAGAAAAAUCUAUAAGUCUGCCCUUUUUACAGUGCUUUUUUAUUUAUGCUUUAAAAAAAAAAAAAAAGCAUAAAUAUUAGUCUGCAAGAGCAGUCCUAAGCAAUCACAAUUAAACUACUACAUAAGAAGACUGUUUAUCGUGCAGCAUUUACCUCUCAAAAAAUCAUUACGUUUCUAUUUCUUGGUGGAGUAGCACAUUGUGGGGUGUGAUUCUUAAUUCCUCAUUAAGUUUGACAAUAGGACGUUCAUGCUGGAUACGUUGUCUUUUAUUUUGUUUUAUUUUGAUGUCUCAGACCAUCAUGUGAGGUUGCUCAUCUCAUAAUACAGUUUUAUGCAGAAAGGUUGAAACUGUGUAAAUGGUUUUUGUCGAAAUUAUCAGUUACAAUAUUUUAAAGGGGUACAAUGGUGUCUUUGUUUAUAGGAGAACAUUUGUAAAUAAAGUUGAAUUUCUAAGUCAA